CACAGGUGCGACUAACAACCUUAACGAUGGCCUCGUUAGCUGCAGUGCAGCCGUGAUCGAUGGUAUUAGUUACACCUGUGUUCAACAAGUCCCGAUCACCUUCUACGAGGAGAAGAACUUCCAGGGUCGCUCCUAUGAGUGCAUGAGCGACUGCGCUGACAUGACCUCCUACCUGAGCAAGUGUCACUCCUGCAGGGUGGAGAGCGGCUGCUUCGUGGUGUACGACCGUUCCAGCUACAUGGGAAACCAGUUCUUUGUCAAGAGGGGCGAGUACUCUGACCACAUGACUUUUGGCAUGAGUGACUCCGUCCGAUCCUGCCGCUUAAUUCCUCAGCACAGAGGCUCUUACACGAUGAGGAUCUACGAGAAGGAGAACUUCCAGGGCCAGAGUCACGAGCUGAUGGACGACUGCGACAACAUCCAGGAGCGUUACCGCAUGAGCGACAGCCAGUCCUGCAACGUGAUGGACGGACACUGGCUGAUGUACGAGCAGCCCCAGUUCAGAGGCAAGCAGAUGUACCUGAGGCCCGGGGAGUACAGGAGCAUGAGAGAAAUGGGAUUUAGCGGCAUGAGGCUCAACUCAGUCAGGCGUAUAAUGGAUUCCUGUUGAAGCAGAGAAAAAGA